GACAAAAAGCGGCUAAUAGUUUGGAUACAUAGUUGUUCGUUCUAGAAGAAACAUACUAUGUAUCAAACAGGACAAAAAUAUAAUGGGGAUAGUCUAUGAGUACCACAGGAAAAAAAAUAUAAUGGGGAUAAUCUAUGAGUACCACAGGACAAGAAUAUAAUGGGGAUAACUUUACCGCUUAUUAAAGAGGACAUCACUCACUGGUAACUUUGAUGUCUUCUUUGUUGAAUAAAGACAUACAUCUCAUUUUUAAGAAUACUUUAUCUGUUUAAUGCACUUUUGUGAAGCAAAAUGCUGAAGAUGGAAAAUUUCCGAUAUAUAUGCCAUGUCGUUAGAUACAAAUACAAAAAAGCUAAAGUGAAAACUGCGUCGGAUCGUAUUUUGCUACAUGAAAAAUAAAACAUGUUCGCCGGCACUUUAAGUAGGUAGGAAUGGGUAAACAACAAUUUGUUUUAACAGAACAACAAAUUAAGAGCGGAGGCAUUUUGUGCUAUUUCUAGACCAGCAGAUGUUGUCUCGUUGAGAAAUUAAAAAAAAGAUGUAUUAUUUAUGGUAACUUUCUAAUUUUAUGGUUUUUGGUAAGUUUCAAAUUUGAUAAACGCGUUCAGUGGAUUCUGUGGGCAUGGGUUUAGCUGUUGUAAAAGGAGUAUCGUUUAAGCCCGUUUCUUCGCUUGGCGUGCAUUAGUUUUGACAUGCGAUGGUUGCAUUUGUUUGUUUAGCUUAAGUAAAAACCUAUAGAACUCUUCAAAAGUCCAAAUACCAAACCCAUAACAGGAAAUUUGAUCAUUUCAACUGAAAAAGAGCAAAGACAGUCUUUAAACAUGAAGACUUUAGUGAGCGUUUGCGUUCACAUCUAAUCCUAAAGGUUCAGUAUUAGUGGCGUUACUGACACUGUAAAUAGUGGCUUUCAUAGCUUGAGCUAUCACAUUCGGUACCACUUAUCUAAUAACAUGACACACCCUUCGAUAAACCGCUAAUCUGCUCAUUACACUGAAUUAUUUAAAAAAGACGAACCCAUUAUCCAAAAAAAAUACCCGCGUAGUGGGUUUUGGUUGGGUAUAUAUGGCAUAAGUGCAUUUGCAAUAGAAAUUUUCCUAUCAUUAUGUUUCUUCCGACCAUUGAUUACCCUGAUACCCCAAAACACCGGUUAGGCUUUGUUAUCAUGGUGAUGCCACGCCAUCCGACGUGAGGUACAUUGCACAAGUACAACUAGAAGCUACACAGAACGCGGCUUAACUUGCACCUGAUAUAACCCAGAUCGGAUGUGGGAUACUAGAAGUAAAUGCGGCUAAAGUAGUCAGAAAUGAAGCCUGAAAGCGAGGCAAUGAUUGACAGAGUGUCCCUCAAUUCACCGUGAGAUCAAGUAAAGACGGGAACGCAAGAGAAACGUGCGAAGGAUUUACUUGUCCUCUCUGAUAACAGUGAGCGCUUGCUGUGAGCGCCGUGAGCGAGGAAAUAGAAAUAUGGGCGUGCUGAGAGCUAUUUCUGAUAGCGUAGUAGCAAUGGAAAUAGGCAUCACAGGUGCUGGAGAAAGUCAAAUAUAGCACCGAGAUCCCCGCGAGUUUGCAUUACAGUUAAGAUACGAGUGCGGUCGAGACGAGUGAGGGCGAGACGGUGUAAGAAAACCCACAUGCAAAACAGCCUCGGCCGAAAGCAGGACUGCAAAGAUCAAAUAAAGACAUUCAUUGAGGAUCAAUUCAAGGGUUCUGUGAGGGCCAAUAUAAGGCCACGUAUCCUGGCGCCAUGAUGAACACUAGUGCCAACUUGACGACGGGGAUGCACGGGCUAACAACGAUAAGCACGACUCCCGAAAACCUCGUGGCCGCCGUGUUCGUGGCUAUUCUGAUGUUCUUCACACUUUUCGGAAACAUCAUCGUCAUCUCUUGCUUCUACACCUUCCAAGAUUUGCGUACGAUUUGUAAUUACUUCGUGGUGAGCCUUAGCGUGGCGGACAUUCUCGUGGCGCUGGUUGCUAUGCCAUUCUGGCUGCACGUUCAAGUCAUGAACAAUAUGUGGACUCUGAGCAGAACCUUACGCCGGUUCUGGGACUGUAUUGACAUCCUUUGCGGCACUGCGUCCAUCAUGAACCUCACUGCAGUAAGCAUCGACAGAAUGCUAGCCAUAGCAGUGCCGUUCCGCUACCCGCACAUCUUGACCCCUAAGCGCGCAGUGGCGUUGAUCAUCUGCGUCUGGGGGUACGCCAUGUCAGUGGGUGGGGCAAGGGUAACUGACUGGCCCGGUCGCAGCUUUCUGUACUUCGUAUCGGUUGUCUGCUUCUUCUUUCCACUAACCAUUGUCAUCAUCAUGUACAUCGUGAUCUUCGUUGUUGUGAGAAUACAAGUCAAACGGAUAGGCAAAAAUAGCAUCGUGCGAGCAAGCGAGAUGAAGGCGGCCAAAACCAUCGCGGUUGUCAUCGGGGGCUUUCUCAUUUGCUGGCUUCCCUUCUUCACCAUGGUGCUUGGGUAUGCGUACGACCCCUCGUUUGAUCCGCCCUUUGCAUUGUUCAAUGUAAUCAAAUGGUUGGAGUACUUCAACUCUUGCCUGAACCCUUUAAUCUACGCGUGCAUGAAUCGCCUGUACCGCAGGGCUUUUCGGAGACUCUUUAAAAGGUGUUACCUCAGGUUGUCCAACCGAGCGGGGGCUUCAAAUGUGCUUCAGUACCUUAGUCAAGGACCGCGCGGCUCUUUGCUCACGACUACUGUCUAUGAUACCAACAGUGGACCGCAAGAACGAACUAAAGUAUAGCGCGCGUGGGUCUUUGCUCGCGACUACUGUCUAUGAUACCAUUAGUGGACCGCAAGAACGAACUAAAUUAUUGUCCGCGUGGGUCUGCUCACGACUACUAUCUAUGAUACAAUUAGUGAACCGCAAGAACAUACUAAAGCACAGCCCGCGUGGGUCUUUGCUCACAGUUACUGUGUGUGAUGCCAACAGUUAACUACAAGCAUGAACUUUAAGACAUGUUCCGCACGGAACGCGACGCCGCGAAUAUCAGCGCACGCAUAAUCUCCCUUCGAACACGCCCUGGACUCUGGCCUGACUCACUACUGAGAAGCGAAAGCAUUGAGUGUGUGCAGGAAGUGUGAAAGCGCGACUCUUUGAUUAAAGGCAAACUAUCCAAAACCUGACACUUAUUGGUUUCCCUUAAUUUCGCGUUAUUUUCUACUAAAUAAAAUGCCGGUGGGAACAGUUGUAAGGCGUUUGGGGGUUCGAGCGAAUGCUUGGUAUCAUUAGAUAUAUGCCUGAUCGAUCACAGUAAGACUGCUGCUCACUGAUAAUCGUGAAUAAAGCUAUCGAACAUGGGAAGAAAGGAAGUGCACUGACGGUUUCCGUUUGUCUUUGUUUGAAAAUUAUACGAACAGAGCAAAGUGGUUGGAUAGCCAAAUCGAAACGUUGGGGUAUGCCACGGCCGACGACGGCACAAAGCUAAUUGAAUGGAGAACUAAAUGGCAGCGCGUAAAAAUGCACUCUCGGGACAAUUUGAUAGACGCCGAAAACAUAACACAUGAUUCUAGUGUUUUAUUGAGGACCUUACGCCUAAAAAGACCGCAUUCCUUUUUUUGUCUCAGACGGGAGGGGAGCCAUGAGAGAUCGGCUCAUCCCAAAGUCGUGAUUUUCUCUUUUUGUCCCCUACAAAAGUCUCAGAUGUUAUAAGUGUAUACUCCCACUCCAAAUGAGGUUGCUCUCCGAAAAGCAAUGUGUUGUAACCCGCAAUGGUUCAUGGGUAUCGAAUAAACAUGUAUCAUUAUUUAUAUACCUGUAAAUAUUGGCAUGGUUUUCAGGAAAAAGGAUUCAACCAUUUUAACGAUACCCAGAAACAUCUUCGGGCUACGGCACAAGGAGUGUAUCACGUUAGUUUCAUGGUGCCAUUUUCACCCAAGUCUCAAGUUGGAGAUUUUUUUUUGAAAUCACAAAAAAACGAAUUUAAGUACGCGUAAAAAUUAAUCAUAAGGUAACCCUAGGAUUUCUUAUACUUAUCGGUUGAGGGAAAUUGCGUGUAAAUUGUAAAUAUAACUGCUGUUCAUGUACACAAUUCCACAAAAAAAGAAGUUCUUUAAAUAGGAUAGACUAGUUGGCUUCUGAAUACAAUGUCAAGGUUGAGCAAAGUCUUAUCGAAACGUGCGGUAAGUACUGUUUGAGCUUGUCAAAGUAACUCGCAACGCGUCUUUAAACGAACGAGAACUGUUAAAAUAAUAAAACUUGAAGAGGAAA